CUUGAAACCCCUCAUCUUGUAUAUCUAUAUAAACAGUUCAAUAUUCAUUCAUCAAUCUCAUCAAACAAAAACUUCACAUUCCACAUUAUUCAUAUUCUUUUUCUUUUCUCUUUUGAUAUUUUUAAGGUUAUGGCUGGAAUUGACUUUGAGGAUUUGUUACCGGUAAUCGCGAAUAAGCUAGGCGGUGAAGGUUUAAUGAAGGAACUGAGUAACGGGUUCAAGUUACUUAUGGACAAAGACAAAGGUGUGAUAACUUUGGAGAGUUUAAGGAAAAACAGUGCAUUGAUGGGUUUGGAAGAUUUGAAGGAAGAUGAGGCUGUGAGCAUGAUGAGAGAAGGUGAUGUUGAUGGUGAUGGUGUACUCACUGAGAUGGAGUUUUGUGUUUUGAUGUUUAGAUUGAGUCCUCAGUUAAUGGAGGAAUCAUGGUAUUUUCUUGAACAAGCAUUGCAACAUGAACUCAACAAUCAUGAUUCAUAACCA